UUAUGCAAAUGAGCAUCUGUGUGCGGAAAUGAACUCGAACAGUCAGUCCCGUGAUGUCAGCUAGGGCCGCGUAGCAUUGGAGGAGUCUGUUCGCUUUACAACUUCCUCGUUGCGUUUUGGCAGUGACCGGUGACGCUCCCCGGUCGUCGGCAGAUACCAUUUAAACCGCAGGUUGCCGUGCUACACAGGCUAGUGUAGCUAGUUAAUGCGUACAUUCCGCCACUCGCUCUUGGGGAGUCAUGUCGCGCUAUGUGCUGGAGCAACUUUCUGAUUUGGGGGACUACACCGGCAAGAAUGAGCUGUACGAGAGUUUCAACAACAGCCUGGCAAACGUUCGCCUGAGCUCGGAUGGACGUCACGUUCAUGUCAUCCUCCACGAGCCCAAGGUUGGUCUUGUGACUCUGGACAAGUAUGAAAGACCUCAGCUGGUCCACGCUCAGAAAAAGCUGGACUUAUGCUCCACGCGAGACGUUUCCAUUGUGGAUAUUUUGUAUUUGGACAGUAAUAAUUGCGCCGACAGGGACUUUUUAACUGUGGCGGUGGUUUUUGAAAACGGUCAAGCUGAGUUUUGGAAGUUCCAGGAUUGCAAAGGCGGCUGGAGCCUCCUGCAAACAGCCGACUUGUGCAACAGUCCCCGAGCCAAAGUGGUGUCUGUGUGUGCCUGCCCUAAUCUAAUCAUUUGGUGUGAGGAGCGGCCCCCCUCGGAGAGCUCCCCGCUCCUCAGCCCUGCCAGGAAUAAACUGAGACAUUGUGUCUGCAGGAGGGACUUUGAGCUAAAGGAGGGGUCUGUCUUUUUAGGAGGGGUGAAAAUCACCCUUCACAACAACCCUCGAUUCAACGUUAUAACCUCGGGCCAAUACGUUUAUCUUCUUCCUGAUGCUAGAGUGAAACCGUUCAGCAAGUUCUUCCUCUCGUGGUGCCCUCGACAGGACUCCUUCCGGGUCAGUACGACGUGUAAAGGUGGCCCCUUGAAAAAGCAUUCCGCGAAAGACUCAGACUUUAGGAAGCUGAUCAAAGACUGUUUAGGGUUUCUGGCAGCUGCUAACCCACCUGAGAUCCUAAAUGUUUCUUCAUCGGAUUGUGGAGGUUUGCUGCUGCUUCUCAACACGGGCUGGGUAUGUCUCCUACAUAGCGAUGGCACGCUGAGACAUUUGCACAAGGUGGCGGAUAAGUGCCUGCUGAAAUCCGUUACACACACCAGCCUCCGCCUAUACCAGAACACUUUGGUGCUCAUCCUAGGACAAAAACUGCAUCUUAUAGACUCAAAAUGUGGCAGAGUGCUGGGGAAAAUCAUACUAAACCGAGAAGGGGUUUUAUUUGCUCUAAAAACUGACAAGUCACCCUACCUGUUCUCAGAAAGUGGACUUUUUAAAGUGGUGCGACAAGAAACUGACACAAAAGACCGAAAAACAACGUUGCCAUUUUUCACUACGACAGAUAACAUUGACCCUAGAGCCGUCCUGCUGGAAGCCGUGUUUGAGGAGGCUUGUAAAUAUUACCAGCAGAGGAGCUUGAGUAGUACCCAGCUCACUGUAGAUGCUUUGAAGAAAGAGGGGAGGUUCCAGGCUCCCAUUUCUUUGGCAGCCAUCCUCAAUGACUACCUGUGCUCAAAGACCAAGCAGAGAGCAGCUGAGCUGUCAUCAAAUGGAGAAAGCGGAGGCGAUGUAGGGGAAGACCAGCUAAAAGUCUCCCUGGUGCCCGAGUUGAAGGCCUUGGUGACUUUAGAGGAGCUAAAGGGGGCUCUCGUGAGGGGCGGCGCCAAAGAGGUGGAAGUACUUUGCGAAAAUCUCGUGGAGAAAGAAGUAGCCCGGCUGCUGUCGUCCUCCGAGCUGCAUCGGGACGACCUGCUUUAUCUCAACUCCAUCUUCUCGGUCUUCCCCUGCCAAUCGUGGAGGGCGGCCAAAGCUGCUCUUCAGCUCCGCUGCUCCGGAGAAGGCUCUCUGUCUAGCGAGGCACCUCCGGACGUGUGGAAAAGCGUCCUCGGUUCUGCGCCGAGCUUCCCGGUUUCCCUCACGCUUUCAAACGGCGGGUCAAGACGUGGGUACAGCCACACAGCGGAUCACAACGGUAACUGUACGUCCAAGUCACCGAGAUCUUCUGUCGCCCUGCCCGUCUUCGAACUCCUCUGCCAUUCGGUUUUACUCUUCCAGCCAGCUUGGCUGCCCCGCUUUCUGGAGCUGAGCCAGCAGCAGCAGGGCUCAGCUGGACUGGGCUUGAGCUUGGCUGCCUCAUCUUGGAGCUUAUCUGCCGGUAGAGCCGGCGACAGCGGCGGCGAGAGCAACGUACCCCUCUACAAGCGUGCCUUGAGCGUUCUUUCAACCACGGGAAAAGAUCAAGAGCGGCGGCGCGCGCUGGAGGUGGAGGUGUUAAUGGUCAGCGGGCGGCCCAACGCCAUCCUCCAGGCGCUGAGGAUCCUGAUUGGACAGCAGCAGUGGGAGAAGGUUAUCCAGGUGGCCCAAAAGUUCUGCAAGCAGAGUCCCUUGCUGAACAAGGAGAUUUUCACUACGCUGCUGUGUGAGGUGACUCAGCACAGAGAACUGGACCCUUAUCUGGACCUCCUGUGGGCUUUGUGUCCUGAGGACAUCACUGUCACCACCAUUUUGAAUAUGGUGCUAAAAAACCUCCCGUCACCACUUUCUGCUUCCUCCAGACCUGGCUAUACCACCACAGCUCCAUUCACUGACCCGCAGAGUGGUCAGGUGACCGUCGGCCUCCUCAAACCUUUGUUGCGAAAAGUUCUCCAGAGGGAGACCAAGCCCAACCGAUGCUACGCCGACAUCCUGGAAUCACCCUCCUUUCCCCCUCCUGCGCCACCCCGCCUGACAAGAGACCCAUCCAAAACCAGCGCAGACUCACCUCAGGAGAAUACCAUCCUUCCUGGUUCCAGCUGUUGACCCUCCAUGAAGUCUCUUGGUAAUAUAUAAGACAAACUUUAAAGUGAUAACUGAUGACUCUAACCAUGUAAAUAUUGUCGCCAAUUGUAACGUGUACAUUGUGUGUGAGUGAGGUAAUUUACUUAUUCAGUGUUAGGAGCUUGACGCAGUUGUGUUAAAUACAGUACUAACUUUGGACCAGGGAAGAAAAUUGAGUUUUUGAAAUGAUUUCCACAUUAUUAAGGCCAGCAUGAUGAUUUUGUGCCUCUUUUCUCAGUGACAGACAGCCGUUUGGCUAAUGCACUUAGCAGCUUGAAAAUAAUUUUUCUUCACACGGACCAGCGAGAUUUAAUGAGUGACCGCGAGAACCAAAAGUGGUAUUUGCCAUGUGGCAAAAUGGAUUUUGCCAAUGUGGCAUUUUUUUGCCAUGUGGCAAAAUGGAUUUUGCCAUGUGACAUUUUAUUUCCCGUGUGGCAUUUUUUUUGCCAUGUGACAAAAUGGAUUUUGCCAUGUGGCAUUUUUUUGCCAUGUGACAAAAUGGAUUUUGCCAUGUGGCAAAAUGGCAAAAAUGUGCCACAUGGCAAAAAUGAGUCACAUGGCAAAAUUCAUUUUGCUACAUAGCAAAAAAAAUGCCAUAAGGCAAAAUCCAUUUUGCCACAUGACAAAAAAUGCCACAUGGCAAAAUCCGAUUUUGCCACAUGGCAAAAAAAAUGCCACAUGGCAAAAUCCAUUUUGCCACAUGGCAAAAAAAAAUGCCACAUGGCGAAGUCUGUUUUGCCACUUUGCAAAAAAAUGCCACAUGGGAAAAAUGCCACAUAGCAAAAUAAAUUAUGCCACAUGGCAGAAAAAAAAUGCCACAUGGGAAAUAAAAUGUCACAUGGCAAAAUCCAUUUUCCCACAUGGCAACAACAACAAAAAAAAGCCACAUGGCAAAAUCCAUUUUGCCACAUGGCAGAAAAAAAAUGCCACAUGGCAAAAUCCAUUUUGCCACAUUGCAGAAAAAAAAUGCCACAUGGCAAAAUCCAUUUUGCCACAUUGCAGAAAAAAAAUGCCACAUGGCAAAAUCCAUUUUGCCACAUGGCAGAAAAAAAAUGCCACAUGGCAAAAUCCAUUUUGCCACAUGGCAAAAAAAAUGCCACAUGGCAAAAAAAAAUGUCACAUGGCAAAAUCCGUUUUUCCACAUGGCAAAAAAAAUGUCCCAUGGCAAAA